AACUUAAAGGCUAUUGGCAAAUACCGCAAAACUAAGUGAAUUCUCAGAAGAAGUUAGUUAUUGUGUGUUGCGCCACUUGUAUCCAUCGAUCAAUAUAAUGGGUUUGUCAAUAUCCAAGUUUGUAAAAAUGCUAUUUGCAAAGAAAGAUAUGAGAAUUUUGAUGGUAGGACUCGAUGCCGCUGGCAAGACAACUAUCUUGUACAAGUUGAAACUUGGGGAAAUUGUUAAUACCAUUCCUACCAUUGGAUUUAACGUGGAGACAGUGGAAUACAAGAAUUCGAGCUUUACAGUAUGGGAUGUGGGUGGACAAGAUAAGAUCCGGCCUCUAUGGAGGCAUUAUUUUCAGAACACACAGGGUCUAAUAUUUGUGGUAGAUAGUAAUGAUAGAGAUCGAAUUUCAGAAGCUAGAGAUGAGCUCCAUCGCAUGAUUAACGAGGAAGAACUACGAGGUGCCACAAUUCUUGUAUUUGCUAAUAAACAAGACCUUCCAAAUGCUAUGAAUGUUGCAGAAAUCACUGAUAAACUUGGUCUGCAUUCACUCCGUCAAAGACGCUGGUACAUCCAGAGUGCUUGUGCAACAUCUGGACAGGGGCUUUAUGAAGGUCUUGAUUGGCUAUCACAUAAUAUCACUGGCAAGGCAUAAAUUCAGAGCUAUAUCCAGCUCAAGAAAAUCUUGGUCUUGAAACCCAAACGCGUUGAUUUUACAGAAGCUGUGGUUAUAAGUAUAUUGUGAUGCAAGUAUCAUUAUUGUAAACUUUAGUGUUAAAUCCCAUAUAUUUGCUUAUCUGUGUAUGAAUGAACUUUUCGCUCAUAAUUUAUAUAUAUGGUUGAAAAAUUAAAGUCA